UUUUCUGUGGCUCUGUGACAACAAGGAGCUUCAGACAGAACGAGGUUGGAUAUUAAAGAGUUUUACUGAAAAGACUGAGGGUUAUCAUAGAUGUUUUUGAUAAAAGAAAAAAGACAAAGGAGGCGUUUCUAUUAAAAAAAAGGCAACACACCAGUUAGCUACAUGUGUCGUCCGUUUGGGAACUAAUGAUUUGAAUUGGGAAUUUUAGACUGAAACCCUUUCUGGAACUUGACUAACCACAACGGAUGGUUUCUGUCCAUGUUGUUGGUCGCUGGUUGAUUCCCUUUUCCCUCCAGAAUUCUUUUAAUUCUAAACUAAAACUCAUUACAAUCGGUAGACUGUCACAUCUGUCAUAUCUGUCAUCAACAAGUCUGAUUAUUACCAUUCGAAGGUGCCUUUAAGGAAACUACCCAGAUGUAACAAAUCUAAUUUAUUCAUAUUUCUGUUAUAACUCUUUCUCUGUUUUAAUGACAUAUUACUCACUCGCGUUGUUUCAGAAAAGUCUUAAAACAUUUCAACCAUGGAACACUCCACGUCCAUGAGUUUGUCUGGAGAUGAGGUGGAGGACCAGCGCCCUCUCCUGCCUGCAAGGAUUGUCCCUCCACCUCAAGCCUGUCCCCCCCAGUGUGGAAUACACCCUUCAGCUCAAACCUCCUCCAGUCAUACUGUGUGGCUGGAGCGGACCCAGGCCAUGGCCGCUACACCUUUAUACAACGGUAACCUUUAUGUCACGGCAUCUCCGCGUUCUAAAAGGAAAGGAGACGGAUCCAAAAGCAAAGAGAAGAAGGAGGAGAAAAGGUCAGGGGGGAGUAAACAAAAACAAAGACUGAUGGGAAAAAAGCAGGAGAGCAAAUCCAAAAGCACCCCGGCCUCCAGAUUCCAGGACAAAGUCACAUCCUUCACUGACAUCCCACUCUCCCCCUGUGGCUCAGCCUUCCACAGUCACUGCAGGUCACAAUACGAGAACAGGGAUGUGACCUUGGAGAUGACCAGCUGCCAGACUCUACCAGAGAUCAUCAUCACCAGCAAAGAUGAUGAAGACGUUCAGUCACAGAACAGUGACGUGCACCAGUAUGACCAGGACCCCGUGAAGACCAAAGGCCUCCUGCCUGGAUUGGGGCGUCCCAGUCCCAGCCACGGCCCCAGUUCUAACUCCAGUCCAAAGCCAAAGAUGGAGGACGACAAGGACGAGCAGUACUGGAAGACGCACAACAUUGGCUGGCGUUUGGUCCACAGGAGGGCGCUGUUUGUGAGAAGGCAGCGUUUGGCUGACUGCGCCCUGGCUGCGGGGAUAUUUGGUGUGGUGCUGAUGGUGAUGGAGACUGAGUUGUCCUGGAGCAUCUACAGCAAGAGCUCGGUCUAUUCUCUCACAGUCAAGUCCAUCAUCAGUUUGUCUACACUGGUGCUGCUGGGCCUCAUCGUGGCGUACCACUGCUGUGAGGUGCAGCUCUACGUCCAUGACAUUGGUGCCGAGGAUUGGCGGACUGCCAUGACCACUGACCGCCUGGCACUGAUAGCCCUGGAGCUGGCAGCAGCGGCCAUUCAUCCUUACCCCGUGGGUCUGCUGGAGUACCUGCAGCAGAACACGACUCACGUGUCAGGUUCAGAGACAGAGCUGGAAAUCGUGCUAGGUCUACCCAUGUUCUUCAGGCUGUACCUGCUGGGACGGGCCAUGAUGCUGCACAGUCGGCUCUUCACUGACACCGCUUCCCGCAGCAUCGGAGCCCUUAACAAGAUUCACUUCAAUACAAGGUUUGUGGGUAAAACCCUGAUGACGAUCUACCCUGGAACCAUUCUGAUGAUGUUCAGUGUCUCUCUGUGGGUCGUAGCAGCGUGGGGUUUACACGUGUGUGAGAGACACCACAACUACAAAGACCUGAGCAGCAACUACAUGGAGGCCCUGUGGAUGGUGUCUGUCACGUUCCUGUCCAUCGGCUACGGUGACGUGGUGCCUCACACCUACUGCGGACGCAGCAUCUGCCUCCUCACUGGGAUCAUGGGAGCUGGCUGCACCGUCCUGGUGGUGGCAGUAGUGGCCAGGAAGCUGGAGCUGACCCGAGCAGAGAAACAUGUCCACAACUUCAUGAUGGACUCACACAUCACCAAGAGGAUAAAGAUUGCUGCAGCAAAUGUGCUGAGAGAGUCUUGGCUCAUCUACAAGCUCACUAAGCUGUCAGGAGGACAGAGAGACCACAGCAGAGUUCGAGUCCACCAGAGGAAGCUGUUGCUGGCCAUUCACCAGCUGCGUCGAGUAAAGAUGGAGAAGAGGAUACUAACAGACCAGGGGAACACUUUAGUGGACCUUCACAAGAUGAACAACCUGAUGUACGACAUGCUGUCAGAGGUCCAGGGCUGCAGAGCAGAGCUGGACUCACACAUCUCCUGUCUGGAGAAGAACGUGGAGGAGCUGAGGGAGGGCUUCAGGAGCCUGAUGCCACUGCUGUCCAGCACUCUGUCCACUCAGAACUCCUCCAUCCGCCACCUGCUGGGGGAGAGGGAGAUAAGAGCAGAGACUGUGGGUGUUAGAGGAAGUGACGGGUAGAGACACUGGAGGACAACUCAAGCCUUCUGAAUAGACUGCUGAGAAGAGUGUCCAACUGUAAGACUGUAAUCUUUGACUUAAACAUUUUCACACAUUUAAAGACAAAUAAGAUUAAAACCUGAACCAAAGUAAAUGUAGAAAUCAAAGGUUUGAGGAGUCAGAUAGACAAUCAAUGUAAAUACCAUUUUUAAAAUACAAAACAAGUACUGUACAAAGUUAUUCUAAUGUUGAAGUGCUGCUUAAAUAGAUGUAGUGGGUUUUAUGAAGUUAAUAUUUAGAAAAUAUAGGAUUUUUCUCAGAUAAUUUAGUGUAAUAGAGAUGAAGUAUUAUAUUUAAGCAUCACCAUUUUCAAUUGUAACUCUUCAACAUUAUUAUAAAAACAUUUUGAGAUGCUUGCAUUUGUAUUGUACCAUGAAAUAUUCAAGACAAAGACUUGUCUUUUAGCCAAAACAUUUUUUAUUAAAGAGAGACAGGGUUGGAGGGUGGAGUUACAGCAACCACCAAACUGUCAACGUGAAAAUACAGAAAUUCAUCCGUGGUCUGCAUCAUCUUCAGGUCUCAUUUCGUGAUCAGACUGUGAGGUCAUGACGCUGAUAUCUAC